AUGCGCAGGACGAGCAGCAACGGUUUGAAGCUCGACCUGACGGAGAACACGCCAGGUAGCUCGUUGUCGAGGCUGCCUAAUUUAGUCGAGCAUGCGGAGACCUGCCAGGCGUUGUCCACCGGAACAGGCGAGAAUUUAAGCAGCAAAUUGCCAAACGUGGUCGAAGGCUCGAUGGACUAUGGUAGCGAGCGUAGAUCCUCCCGGUACCUCGAGUACCAAGACUCGAAACCGUAUCAGGACGGCCAGUCGACGUCCGGGCUGCCGCCGUACGAGCAGGCCGGCUACCACCACGAUCAGUCAGGGGCCAGAGGCUACAGGGGCUACGAGCGGAAGCCGUACGACAGGGAGGAUAUUGACCGAUACGAUAACAGAAUUUAUCCGGAGGAUAACUUGAGGUACGAUCGCCGGGGGGAUCAGAGAACGUAUCAGGAGUCGGACUUGGACGCGCCGUACGAGAGGAGCGAUGCCCAGAAGCUCAGCAGGACUUACCCGGCGGAACUUCAGGAGGCGGGCAGCAGGCGAUACUCGAGAGAUUUGACCGAUUACGAGUACGCGUCCAGAUACGCGGAGGAAACGUUGAAGCUCGAGCCGAAGAAAGAUCACCACCACCAUCAUCAUUCGGGCAAGGUGUACGAGCCGACGCCGUCCAAGGGCUACGAGUCCGGGGUGAAGACGCACGAUUCCGCGUACGAGUUGUCGUGCGCCGCGCAGCAGGACCUCGCCGGUCGAAAGUACGAGAGCAAAUACCACUCUGUCAGCAAGAUGUAUGGAACGUUGCCGAGGUACGAGACCGGCAAAUCGUACGAGCCUAGGUCGUACGACUACGAGGAGCAGGCUUACGAGACCGGCGGCAAGCCAUACGACUCCAAGUACGAGCUGACCAGCUCGAAGAGUUACGAGAGGGCCAAGUACGACGGUGGUUCCUCGUCCUCGAGGUAUCAGGACAAAUCGUACGAUCAGACGUUAAAGAUCGGCGAGCUGGGCUCUUCUUCCGCCUCCGCCGCCUACGCCCGCAAGACUCAGGAUCAGGAGGAGACCAACGCGGAGAAGAUGAACGGCUACCGGAAGAACAAUUUCGAGGCGUACGGCGUCUACUCCGAUCCCGAGGACGAUCACGGAUUUCUCGCCGAGAAAAAGACGCCGCAGUACCCGUACAAGGGCGUGGUGGUGAACGUUAGCGGGGAGUCGAGUGUCAUCGACCAGAAACGAGCCAAGGACGGCAGGCAGACCGAAGUGGUUGGGAAUCCUUGGUGCAGGCAUAUGAUACUGUUACUCCUCUUGGUCCUUCUUUUUGUUAUCUUCGUGUUCGUCGCUGGGAUCCUCCUCUAUUUCAACUGUGAGCCAUGUUACUUGCUAUAUAUUUCUAUUUUCUGUAGUGUUUAA